CCUUAGACCACUUUCACCGUCAAUGUCCAACAACAGCCUUGCGCUAGAUCAGCAGCGACAGCAUACUCGGGGGUAGGAGCAGUCUGGCGAAAGCCUCAGCAUCUUGAAACACUCCUGAGGCGACGCUCCACGGUCAACUUCAGGCGCACGAGCUUUCUUUCGGAGUCCUUUCAAGGAAAACGACCGAGAAGCACUCAAGAAAUCCCCAUUUGGUAUCCAUCUCACCCCUAUCAGUGUGGUGCUUCAGUCUUUGUCUCCUACACAUCGUCAACAUUCACUUACUUCGGUAUGAGCGACGAAUCGCAGACCGUCAUACCAUCACAGGCAGCCAUUUCAUCAGCCAGAUCGAAGCUCAUUCGCACACUCCCAGCUCAGGGCUUGGGAAUCGAACACGUUCAGAAACACUUGCAGGAGGACCUCACACCAGCAUUGAGCAACAGCAGCAAGUCAGCGAACUACUACGGCUUUGUCACUGGAGGCUCGACCGAGAUUGCCUCUUAUGCCGACAAUCUGGUAACGCAAUAUGACCAGAACGUUCAAGUCCACCUCUCUCAGGAGACCAUCGCCACAGAUGUCGAGGAUGCUGCUCUGAGACAAUUCUGUGAUCUGAUCGAUUUUCCAGCGGAGCAAUGGCAACAUCGGACCUUCACGACUGGAGCUACUGCAAGUAAUAUUCUCGGCCUUGCCUGCGCGAGAGAGUACGUGCUCUCAGCGCGAGGUGCGAGUGUCUCCGUAGAUGGCAUGUAUGAAGCCAUGAGGCAAGCCGAGAUCGACCAUGUCCAAAUCCUCACCACUGCGCCUCACUCAUCUCUUGGAAAAGCCGCAUCCAUCGUGGGACUCGGCAGAUCAUCUAUCAUCGAUCUAGGCCUCUUCCAGGCGAAACACAACUUCGACUUCGCUGCGUUGGAAGAGGCACUCAAACGCCCUCGCACCGCCUCCAUCAUCGUGAUAUCAUGCGGAGAAGUAAACACAGGCUACUUUGCCACGUCCGAAGCCGAUAUGCAAAAGAUCCGCAGGCUUAGCGACACCUACGGAGCCUGGAUCCAUAUCGACGCUGCAUUUGGCCUAUCCGCUCGGAUCCUCCCUAGAGACGACCCAUCCUACCGCGCUCUCGUCGGCGGAGUCAGAGAUAUCGAAUUGGCAGACUCCAUCACCAGUGACGCCCACAAAUUGCUCAAUGUACCCUACGACUGUGGCAUCUUCCUUUCGAGGCAUCUCGAGCUCGCAACAAGAGUCUUUCGGAACUCCAACGCAGCGUACCUCAGCACUUCAUCUAUGGGCGAGAUCGCCUCACCCCUUAACAUCGGCAUCGAAAAUAGCCGGCGAUUCCGCGCACUACCCGUCUACGCCAGCUUGGCAGCGUACGGUCGUGACGGGUACAGAGAAAUCCUCGAGCGACAAAUCGGCCUCGCAAGGAGUAUAGCCGAAUUCAUCCAAAGCACGCCUGGACCUGAAUUGCUGCCGCGCUACCCGCCUUCGUUUGCGAAAGUCAAGGAACAAGGGAUCAGUCGGAUUUACAUUGUGGUUCUGUUCAAGGCGGCGGACGAUAAUGUCAAUGAGCGACUUGUCCAGCGGGUGAAUGCGACUCGUAGGAUAUAUAUCAGUGGCACGCAAUGGGAUGGGAAACCUGCUGCGAGAUUCGCGGUGUCAAAUUGGCAGGUUGAUGUAGCGCGGGAUCUGGCGCUGAUUAAAGAGGUGCUGUUGGGCGUGCUCUCGCCGGAGUAGUCUCUUCGACAGCAUCCAGCUUUAAACGAUCCACUGCGUGACCAUAGACUCGCCAUCUAACAUAGAUGAGACACGAGAUCUCGCUCGCUCUUCAAGAUUUCGAACAAGAUUAAGGCCUGCCUGUGCAGUGUUCCAAUUCGGUGCUAUGCAAGUAUAAACAACGGGUAUCGUGCUCCUU